CACAGGUAGGCUGCAACCAGUCAGCUGUGUGAAAGCUGCUGUUGUCACGGGCAGGCCCAGGUUCUGGCGGCUGCCGCUCGGCGCCCAGCAGUGCCCAUACACAAAUUUGCCUAGCGAAUACAUAAAAGACCUAUUCGUCUACAAAAUAAUCUCAACAAAGAAAAGAUGUAAUUACCUCAUCUAAAUGACGAAUCCAUGUACUAAGAAUGGGGAAAAGAGAAAGUUUACAAAAUAGCGAUGUAUUAUAUCCUUGAUGGAGAAACAGAACUUUGAACUCGGGCAUUACCAGGAUUGAAGAUCUGUAAUUUGAGAUGACUCUUCAGGAGAUGGUGCAUCAGGCAGCCACCCUAUAUUCUGAUAGAAAUGCAGUAUGUUUUGAUGAAUGUAAUGAUAAGCCUCCAAUUUUCUACACUUACAACAUGGUUGUGAACCUUGCCACAGAAUUAACAGUUUUCCUGCAAAAACACUGUGAUCAGAGAAGAAGGUGUGAAAUAGGUCUCUACUGCUAUCCAGGAAUAAAUUUACCAUCUUGGAUCUUAGGAGUUCUUCAAGUACCGGCUGCAUAUUCUCCUGUUGAUCCAGAUGCACCACCAAUGUUAUCUACCUAUUUUAUGAAGAAAUGUAAUCUCCAAUAUAUCCUUGUUGAGAAUGACAAAGUAAAGAAGUUCAGAAUAUCUCAUUCAGGCUGGUUUUUACAAAAUCCUUCUGCAAUAGAGCACAUUGGGUUAACUCUUUUCCAAACUCAUUGGAAGGAUGAUUGUAAAUCUUCAUCUGUUGGUGCAAAAGACAAAAACGAAACCACCAAAGAUACAAGUACUCGGGAGACAGAUUAUACAACCCUUCUGGACCAGUUUGAAAUAGAGACCUCAAAAGCGGGUUAUCUGGAUAUCGGGAAACAACAAACUUUAGCAUACAUCUUACAUACAUCAGGAACUACAGGACUCCCCAAAGUAGUCAGAGUGCCUCAUAAAUGUAUUGUGCCAAAUAUUCAUCAUCUUCAAUCCAUAUUUAAGAUCACACAAGAUGAUGUGCUGUUCCUGGCCUCACCCCUGACAUUUGAUCCAUCUGUAGUUGAGCUGUUCAUUGCUCUGACAAGCGGAGCCUCUCUACUUAUAGUACCAAACCCAGUUAAAAUGAUGCCUCAGAAGUUAUCCAUUGCUCUCUUUCACCAUCACAGAGUGACAGUAUUGCAGGCAACACCAACAUUUCUCAGAAAAUUUGGAGCUCAAUGUAUUAAGUCAAGUGUGUUGUCUGCCAGCACUUCGCUCCGUGUCUUAGCCCUUGGUGGAGAAUCAUUUCCUGCACUGGAUGUCUUGAGAAGCUGGAAGGACAGGGAAAACAAAACACACAUUUUCAAUCUUUAUGGUAUUACAGAAGUGUCAAGCUGGGCCACUUGCUACAGAGUUCCCGAAGAGGUUCUUAGUUCUGACCUUCGAGCUGAUUCCUCUGUACCACUGGGAUCACCGCUGCUGGGAACUACAGUUGAGGUCAGAGAUGCUAGUGGUUCUACAGUUCUAGAAGGCGAGGGUCAAGUAUUUAUAGGUGGUAAAGAACGGAUUUGUUUUCUUGAUGAUGAAGUCACUGUUCCUUUGGGUACAAUGAGAGAAACCGGAGACUUUGUGAGAGUGAAAGGUGCAGAGAUGUUUUUCCUGGGGCGGAAGGACAGCCAGAUUAAACGUCACGGCAAACGUCUUGAUAUUGAAUGUAUUCAACAGGCUGCUGAAAGUCUUUGUCAGGUGGAAGCCUGUGCGGUAAUAUGGUAUCAGCAGGAAAAAUUAAUCCUGUUUGUUGUACCCAAAGACAAUUUAGCAGAAGAAGAUGCUUUUAAAGAACUCCAGAAAUGUCUCCCAGUUCAUGCAGUCCCAGAUGAGCUUGUGCUGAUUGAAGCUUUGCCGGUGACAUUACAUGGUAAAAUUAAUACAUCUGAACUGAACAAGAUUUACAGUGCCCAUCUGAACUCCAUAAGGCGUGACAAUAAGCUGAACGGAGCAGAGGGAUUGUGGGAAAGAUUGCAGCAUUUAUGGAAGUCCAUUCUGAGUCUUCCAGAUGAGCCUUUCAGCAUUUCCAAAGACUCAGUGUUCCUAUACAGUGGUGGAGACUCUAUAAAAUCGCUACGGUUUCAUGAUGAGAUUGAGAAUAUGGUAGGCAAGGUCAUACCUGGGCUCCUUGAAGUUAUUCUCAGCAGUUCUAUUGCUGAGGUUUACAGGCUUGUUCUGAAAACUGUGUUUCCAACUGAGGACCAACUUAAAAAUCCUAACACCUCUAUGAAAAGAAAACUGAAUGAUUGCAGUGGAGAGGAGGCUCGUGAAGAACAUGUGAACAUUAAAUCUAGAGGAUACGUCACUGUUGCUGCAGGUUUGAUUUCAUUUGUUGCACUAAGUCGAGGAAGUCAUAUGUUCAGUGUGAACUGCUCCAAAUCUUUUAUAAAUCUAAGUAAAAUGAGACCGGCAAGAACCAAAUUAAGACAAUCACCAUUGUCUUCACCUGUAAUUUCUAAUAUGAUGAAAACUGAAGAGAGGCGGAGUGAUCUAACAAAUGUCAGCAAAGCAGAUGAAAUAGGUCCUCCACAAGGAUCUCUUGGAAAAGACAAUUCUGUACCAAUAGCUAAGUUUCUAAUAGUUGUAAGAUGGACAUCUUGUACUGGCAAAUGUGUAGAUGCCUCACCAUUGGUUAUAAUACCAGCAACAGAUGAUCUGUCUGCUACUGUAUAUAUUGGGUCUCAUUCUCAUGCAAUGCAAGCAAUUGAUCUAGACUCAGGAAAAAUCAAAUGGGAGAGAAUUCUUGAAGACCGCAUUGAAUCCUCUGCGUGUGUGUCAAAGUGUGGCAGUUUCAUUGUUGUUGGAGGUUACAGUGGUUUAGUGUAUGUGCUUAGAAGCAAUAAUGGGGAAACACACUGGGUGUUUACCACUGAGGAUGCUGUGAAAAGCUCUGCAGCUCUAGAUCCUUCUACUGGACUAAUCUACGUUGGAUCACAUGAUCAGCAUGUAUAUGCUUUGGAUAUUUAUAAAGAGGAGUGCAUCUGGAAGUUGCACUGUGAGGGUGGAGCUGUGUUUGCUUCUCCUUGUCUAAGCCUGUUGCCUCAUCACUUGUAUAUUGCUACACUAAGAGGAUGUUUACUGGCUGUAAAUCCAGACACAGGGAGUAAAAUCUGGAAAAGCUCCUGUGGAAAACCUCUCUUCUCUUCCCCACACUGCAAUGCUCAAUACGUCUGUGUCGGAUGUGUGGAUGGAAAUCUGUACUGCUUUAGUCACUCUGGUGAAAAGGUUUGGCAGUUUUCCACCAGCGGACCAAUCUUUUCAUCCCCAUGCAUCUCAAGCUUAACUAAGCAAGAAAUAUUUUUUGGCUCCCAUGACUGCUUUAUCUACAGCUGUAAUAUGGAAGGUAAUUUACUGUGGAAAUUUAAAACCACUUCAAGUGUAUACGCAACUCCAUUUGUUUUCCAUAGUCAUGACUUGGAGAGGGAAGCAUUCCUGGCAGCAGUGUCUACAGAUGGCAAUGUGUGGCUUCUGAAUGCAAAGAAUGGCAUGGUAGAGGGUAUCCAUAAACUCCCAGGAGAGGUAUUCUCUUCCCCUGUAGUGUGUGGGGAAAGGCUUAUUGUUGGCUGUAGAAAUGAUUAUGUUUAUUGCCUAGAUUUGUUUAUAGCUGAAAAAAUUAGGAACAGCAAAGAUGUGCUAAAUGCUCCACUUAACAGUAGUUCUUUGAAUGCAUGUUAAGCACCUUCACUUGCAAGAUGCUGGCUACAUCAUGGUCCUUGUUUAACAUUGUACAACUGUCUGGUUUUGAAAACUGCAUAGAUAGCAGUUUUUUAACAAUGUCUAACCUGGGCUAGGUGAAAAUGCGUGCAUGUACUUAUGUGGCUUCUCUCACAGCCAUAAAAAGUGAGAGUAGCAGAGGGUUGCUCUGUAUUGGUCUGGAAUCCAGGUUGAUACAGACCAGCCCAGGAUCCAGAGACUGCAAAGGUGAUUUUUAAAUCCAUUUAUCUUCCUUUGCACCAAGCACAGACUUACCAGAGCAAGGAAUCAGUCCUGUAACUGCAUACCAUCUAGAAUUCAUAUUCUAAUAUAUAUUAAUAUUCUAAUAUAUGCCUGAAGAAUUACUUUGUUUCAUCUAGGAAGGUUAAUCCUGCCAGAGGAAUCUAAGUAAACUGAGACUAUCUAUGUCUGUACCCCUUGAACUUUUGCUACAUUAAAUACAGUAGGAUUUUCUGUGGUGACUAGGCCCUGUCAACAAAAGGAAACUUGUUGCUCAAGCUGCACAAGCUCCCUUGAACAGCAGAAGGUCUACCAUCCUGAUGCACUUUCUGCCAGUGUGGUUGUGCCUAUACCAAGGGUUCGGCAGGCAGUGCUAUGUUGACUAUGGGAAGUGAUGUCUUCAUGAAUCCAGCCAACAUUGCGCUGCCUGUGGAACUUAUCGUGCAGAGUAAUAUCGAGUCUUUGGUUCUAUACAGUGACACAAGCUUGUUUUUAAAUACAUAAUACAGAAACUGCUUUCAAACUAACUUUUUUAUUAAAAUUCAAGAUGUAUUCACUACAUGAAGUGCUUAGUACUGAUGCUUCAAACCAUUGUGAAAGCAUAAAUAAAAGCUUACUCAUUCUUCUGACUGGCAAGGAAAUUGAAAAAAGCAUAAAAGAUCAGGAAUGGCAUGUCCAAAGGCUCCAAAUUCCUGGUAAGUUAAAGGCCCUAGUCACUAGGCCAUAUGGCAUUCUGUAGUCAGUUAAUCCUUGUUAAUGCUGGUUUGCUUUGCAUAGCUUUCAAUUUUGUGCGAGACGGCAAGUCUAGAAUAGUGGUUAGGACAACUUACCUGGGGUGAAAUGGGACCUUUUAUUUCCUACUACAGUCAAGUUAAGUAUUUCACAUUCAUUAUUCUUUUUAAGCCUAGAUCGCUCCAUGUCCGUGUGCCUUAACUGUUAGUGUGUAAGGUCAUUCUCCCACAUGCUGUCUUACAGAAUACUUACUUUUAUGCAAAGCACAGAAGCAUUGACAGGAGGCAUUGAGAGCCCUUUACCAUUGUCCCCCUCAGAAUUAAAUAAUCCUUGAACCCGUGACUAAAACAUUCUUUUAGAAGAUGGGAGAUAUGGAUUGAUGUCCCUGCAGGCAGAGAAGGGGUAGAACUUGGCUCUCUCCAGCAUGGUACUCUUAAAUACUGGGCUGCUGGAUAAAAGGGCUGGAGGGUUGUGGUGGUACUGGCCCCACUGCCUCCUCUCAUUGUGUUUUUGUGGAAAAAAAGGCCAAGGUAGUUGCAAGCUAGCUUGUGACUGAGUCUCAACAGGAGCUAUGCAUACUCUGCAACCUGGAGUUAAGUAAGUCCCAUUCCUCAGAAGGCUGUGUUGCUUUACAUGCCUGUGUCGUUUUCUGAGUGGACACUCUCAGUAUGCUGGCUUCUGAAGAUGCUAUUCCAAGGCACUUACUUCUCUCAAUACAUUGUAUAAGGAAGCUAGGCAUCUAACCUGGCAAAGUGGAUUCCACCAGGCAGUAAGGUGUCAAGUACUUCUUCAGAUCUCACAUUUAGGAUGAGAUCCAAUUCCAUCUAUAACAUGCCUAAGUAUUAUCCUGUCCACCCAUCUUUGGUCCCUGAAAAAAGUUAAUGUACCUGUUUUUGUAAUGUGCCCUCAUCAAACCUUCAGGUGUAAGUGUCAAAAAGCAGCAAGCAGGAGGAGGCCCAUGCACCCUCUGUGGUUAACUUUUUUCAGGGACUUAAAUAGAGUGGAAGAGGAUUGCUCCUAGAUACCCCAUAGGUGGAACAGAAUCUGGCCCUUUACUUUGGCUCCUGGGGGCCAUACAUUGGAGCUGUCAAUUUGAGGAAUGUGCUUGAGAUAUAAUAAGUAACUUCUACCACUUAGACCAACAGUGAACAAUGACCUGUUUGUAUUGUGCAUAAACUAAAUAAACCCAAUUAUCCAAAACCAAGUUUCUUUGUUGAAUAGUUUGCUGAAUUGAGGGCAAAGUGCUUAAGUUCCAUUGAAAUCAACAGGCCUGCUCCCAUAUUUACAAUUUAAGCAUAAACUUAAAAGCUUAGCUGGAUCAGAGCCAAAAUAAGUCACCAUUAUGGGAUGGGAUCCUUGCCUGAUGGUGAAAUCAACUCUUGUUCAAGUCCAAAUAUGAAGAAAAGUGUAGUAGUAACUUCUUGGAAGCCCUUAAAGAACACCUAAUAAAAUGGUUCUGUGCAAAUGAAUUUUGUACUGUCACUUUUUCCAAUUUAGUAACUAGUAUUGAAUUUGCUAACUGCAAAUGUGAAUUCCCUUAACUUCAGUGACAAAAAUUUUAUUUUUUAAUGCAUUAAGCACCUUCAAAGCUACAGAAGUAUUUGUAGAUUUUUUUAUUGAAAUAGAACAUUCUUUUCCAGUACUAGACCAUUUACAUUAAAAUCUGACAACCAAAAUUGAAAAUAAAAUAGAAAUUACGCUGAAUGUAUCCCUUCAUCAUAGAUCGUGUUACUUGGUUUUAUUGUUGGUAAAAACACAUAGCAAGACACUUGCAGCACUAAAAAUUCUAUUUAUAAAGUAACCCCGACCUACACUGUUAACAAAAGGAGACACUGAAUACAUACAUCAUCAGAUAAUUUUGUCUGGAUUAUAAUUUAAUAGCAAUUAAAAUGACAUUAGUAUAAUAAACCAUUGCACUUUAAAACAUUUGAAAAAUUAAAAAAAGUACACAACAGAUACCCCACAAUUAUACAUUUUGUGUAUAGUUUUAUACAUAACUAUAUGAACAAAGAAGUUAAUCAUAUAUAACCUUGUCUGAAGAAAUGGUAUUUUGUGUGUAUAAGUAAGUUACAAAAAAAUUGAAAGACAAUAUACUACAUAGUGGUUCAUUUAGUUCUUAAAACAUUUUUGCUGUCUUAAAUAAAUUUAGUAGUAACAGUUUUUUACAUAAUUCCAACAAUUUGUUCAGAAAUGGCUGCAACAAAGCUAAAGCAAAGUAACACUUCAUUGGUAUUUAGUGCAAAUUUUUGUGUUGAUUUUACAUGAAAUGUCACUGAACAUGUAGACUUUAAGAAAUGUUUCGGAAUGAGCAUUGUACAUAGUCUGAAUACAGUUCCAUUAGUACACUAGAUACCAUUAUACUUGAAAAGACUCUGCUUUACUUUAAGAUCAUUCAUAAUGACGACUAUGUUUUGCGUGUGCUGUAAAUGUGUCCAAUGAUGUUUGGUAGGUUGGUACAUUUUGCCGUGCAUAAUACCACCUACGCUUACUCUGUAAAUGUAUGCUGUUCAGGACA